CACAUAUAUGUAAGCUUGUUUUGAGACUACGAUCAGUAGUGUUGUAACAUUUAGAUAGACAACAUGUAUCUCGUGUUCGCAGUCUUGUCUUUGAUUUAUAUAGCGGGAGCGUCUCGGGCGCCGUGUGUGGAAUUAAACGAUGGAAAUCUGAUGCCGAUCGUUGCCCUGGGGACCGGUAGGGGCACUGCUAAGGAGAAUGAAUCAGUAGACGAGGUGCGCAAGUCCGUGUUCUGGGCUCUGGAGGCGGGCUAUCGGCAUAUUGACACUGCCGCUGUUUACGAUGACGAAGAACAAGUUGGCCAGGGUAUAGCUGAAGCUAUACAGAAGAAUAUUGUCACUAGAGAAGAUAUAUUUGUUACGACAAAGUUGUGGAACGAUAAGCAUCGUCGUGAACAAGUGGUGCCGGCGUUACAGGAGUCAUUGAGGCGGCUCGGUCUGGACUAUGUAGACUUGUAUCUUAUACAUUUCCCUGUUUCUACUAAAGAAGACGGUUCUGCUGAUUCCGUGGACUAUUUGGAAACCUGGAAGGGAAUGGAGGACGCCAAACAACUGGGUCUGGUCAAGUCAAUCGGUGUUUCCAACUUCAAUAUCGAGCAGUUGCAAAGACUAAUGGCCAACAGUUAUACUAGACCUGUUGUUAAUGAAGUUGAGGUCAGUCCGACGUUCACACAAGAGUCAAUGGUGGCGUUCUGCAGACAGAACGGUAUUGUCGUCAUGGGCUACAGUCCUUUUGGAUUCUUCGUAGGCAGAGAUAGUACUACGCAAAUUGACAAAUCCGCCCUCCUUCAAAUUGCCGACAAAUAUGGCAAGUCAUUCGGUCAAGUUAUCCUGAGAUAUUUGAUCGAACGCGGCGUAGUACCGAUACCAAAGUCAACGAACCAGAAGAGAAUAGUACAGAACAUUGAUUUGUUCGACUUCAGUUUAACAGAACAAGAGGUGGCUCUUAUCAGCGGGUAUAACACUAACAAGAAGACUUUAACAUGGGCUCUUCAAGCCCCUGUUACACUUCUAAACGACGGGAACAAGAUGCCGAUACUUGCUUUGGGAACUGCGGGUUCGAAGGACGACAUAUCUCGUAUGCGUCAGGCGGUGUACUGGGCGAUAGAGGCUGGUUACAGGCAUAUAGACACAGCUGAGUUCUACCGCGACGAAGUGGAAGUCGGCCUUGGAAUAGCUGAUGCUAUAAAGAAAGGUUUAGUUACUAGAGAAGAUUUGUUUAUUACCACAAAGCUCUGGAACAAUCAUCACGCUCGAUCAGCUGUAAUACCCGCCUUACAAGAGUCAUUGAAAAGGUUAGGUCUGAACUACGUGGACUUGUAUCUUGUACACAGCCCGAUUGCUAUUAAGGAUGACGGUACUGCGGAAGACAUAGAUUAUUUGGAGACAUGGCACGGCAUGGAGGAUGCUAAGAAGCGAGGUCUUGCUAAGUCUAUUGGGGUGUCCAACUUCAACAGUGAGCAGAUCUCCAGGAUUAUCAAAGAAUGUGAAGUUAAGCCGGCUGUCAAUCAAAUUGAGGUAAAUCCAACGUUAUCUCAGGAGCCUCUAAUCGCGUACUGCCGCAGCGUCGACGUGGCCGUCAUGUCGUACAGCCCCUUUGGGUUCAUGGUGUCCAGGCGGAAACAGGAUACGCCUCCGCCAAGAUUCGAUGACCCAGAAUUGAUCAAGAUCGCACAAAAAUACGGGAAGAGUACCAGUCAAAUUAUUCUACGGUAUUUGAUCGACCGUGGUACUACCCCGAUACCUAAGUCGACGAGCAAGGAUCGGAUAAUUCAGAACAUUGACAUUUUCGACUUCAGUCUGACUGACGAAGAAAUUGAUUCUAUUAAGAAAUUUAACAAGAAUAUUAGAGUUUAUGAUUUUAUUGAAUGGAAAGACCAUCCUUAUUAUGCGUUUAAUAAGCCUUAAUAAGUUUAUUAUUAA